UGUUUAGCUUAAUGAAUAGUUAUUUCCAUAUUUAGCUAGCACUAUUCAUUGAGCUAAAAAAUAUGUAAAAUAAUUAAGGUUUGCUUCACUUAUUAGAAGCUAAAUUUUCUCUAUAAUUUAAACAUUGAGCUAUUUUAAUUCAUCUAGGAGGCUCUAAGUAAACUAGGUUUUUUUUAACAUAAAAUAUCAAACCAACUCCACCGGCUACAAACCAAAAAUCUCUCAAAAAAAAAUAAUAAUAAAUGACAACUCCCUUAUUCAAACUAGAAGAAAAUAAAAAAUAAUAAUAAUAAUCUCCUUUUUUCAACAUUUCUCACAAAAGAAAUCAUUAAAAAUUGAAAAAAUAAUUACACAAGCCAAAGUAAAAUUACUUGCAUGUUUCCCAAACUAAAUCGUGUGUUGGUGUCUCUAGAUGAAACAUAAAGUCAAAUGAAAAAAGUCAGCCACUUUACUACACUUGUCAUAAUAUCAUUAGUUGACACUAUUAUAGCUGCUGAUGAUGUGGUAGCCUAUACAGCAAGAAGUCCAACCCUUCCCAAUAACACAAUUAGUCAUACAUUAAUUAAUGAUUAUUAUAACAUUAAAUUUACAGACAAACAAUGAAUCAAAGCUAGCUAUAUCUGAUCCAAUAUUCUUGUGAAACACUCCAAUUGUUUUACAAGUCUAGUCGAACUAUAAUUCAAUGUCCAAUGAUACAUUUAAUCUCCUAAUCACAACAAUCAUUGAUGAGAUCACUUUCUAAAUUAAAUACAUAUAAUAAUUUACUUAUAAUUAAUUAAUUAAUUAAAUGUAAUAGGGUGACGUUCAUGCCGCCGGCUACUUCUAUUUCUUCCAACCAAACCCUUUCUCAUCAAGAAAACGGCUCCUCAUUCUAUGGCAAUUAUGGAUAUGACUACCUCUACCUUAUAAAUCCCAACAAAAUCAUCACAUUGUGAUAACAACACAACGCAACCAAACAUUCAUUCCUUUCUUCACUAAUUCUCAUUUCACAAACCAACAUCAAAUAUGUCUUUUGUCAAUUACAUAUUAUUAUUACCAAUAAUUAUUGUGGUGGCAUUUUCAUCAAGUGGUUUUGUGGUGUUGGGGGAGGAAAUACCUUUAAAUAGCCCAGCAGUGCUAUUAAGGGUAGACCAAUCAGGAAAAGGUGACUUCACCAAGUUACAAGAUGCUAUCAAUGCAGUUCCAUCCAAUAAUAAUGAGCUUGUGUUUAUUUUGGUUAAGCCAGGAAUUUACAAAGAGAAAAUUGUUGUACCAGCUGACAAGCCUUACAUAACAAUUAGUGGUACCAAACCUUCUCUCACUAUUAUCACUUGGAAUGAUGGUGGUGACAUAUUUGACUCUCCAACUUUCUCUGUUUUGGCUUCUGAUUUCGUUGCACGUUUUCUUACCAUUGAGAACACAUUUGGGUCAAGUGGUAAAGCUGUGGCGUUGAGAGUAUCAGGUGAUAAAGCAGCCUUCUAUGGUUGUAGAAUCGUUUCAUUUCAAGAUACUUUACUUGAUGAUACUGGUAGACAUUAUUACAGCAACUGUUAUAUUGAAGGAGCCACUGAUUUCAUUUGUGGCAAUGCAGCUUCUCUAUUUGAGAAAUGCCAUAUUCAUUCGUUGGCAGAAGGAACUGGAUCAAUCACAGCGCAACGAAGGCAGUCGCCAUCGGAGGAGACGGGGUUCGUUUUCUUGGGGUGCAACAUCUCUGGUGUGAGAACUGCCUUGUUAGGAAGGCCAUGGGGAGCUUACUCAAGGGUCAUCUUUGCUUUCAGUUACAUAUCAAGUGCUAUACUGCCCCAAGGUUGGGAUGACUGGGGAAACUCAGACACACACAGUACGGUAUAUUAUGGACAAUACAAAUGUUAUGGACGAGGAGCAGUUAUGAGUAAAAGAGUGGAAUAUGGUCGUAACCUUACGAGCCUUGAGGCUGAGCCUUUCUUGACCAAAGACUUUAUUGGUGCCAAAGCUUGGAUCCGCCCUGUUCCCACCAAAUUCACCAAAGCUUUUAACAAACUAGUUAAUGGUGCAAAAAACUAAGGACAACGUAUGUUGAUCAAAUAUUGUACAAAAAUUCUUUAAUUCUUUAAAUUUAUUAUUUAUGUGAUUCUAUUUAUUACAAUA